CUGUUGUGGGGAUGCCUGUCGCUCUCCUAGAUGUUUGGUCUUUUCUGUUGAUGUUAAAUCUAGAGUCUGUUCUCUCUGUCUGUGACGUCAAAGUCCAAAUCAUUGAUUUUGGGUGCCAUCUUGAGUGGAAUUGCCCUGAUGCCAACCCUGAGACCACUUACACUGUCUCAGCCAAGCUAAACCGCAGUGAAUGGAGAAAUGUUCCAGGCUGCAUCCAGAUUUCCAAUCACAGCUGUGAUCUGUCGCAUGUCUUUUCAAGCCUGAACGGUUAUAACUUCAUCAGACUGAGAUCAGAAGAGCAGCCCUGGAUGAACAUCACCCUCUGUGACCCUAUGAAUGACCCUGCUGCGAAAUUCAGUGCGCCCUCCAUAAACAUCUCAGUGGACAAUGGAAGUCUCUGGGUGACGGUACUCUUUCCUUAUUCUCCAUCCAUCACCUGCAGCAGGCCUGAUGAUGAUGAGGAGGAGGAGGAGGAGGAGGAGGAAGAGGAGCAGUUAGAGGAGGGCUGUCCUCUAAAUGAAUUUAAAAGCCUCUUGGCCACAGUCACUCUGUACAACAAUCACAAGUUCAAAGACAGACAGAACUGCAGUGUAGGAAUGCUGGAGAAAAGCCAAUGCACGGUAGAGUUUGGUUUUCUUGAUCCAGGAGAGGUGUACUGCGCUGAGGCCAGCUUCAUAGCUGAAGGUGUUCUGACCUCUUCACCCAUGAGUCUCCCGCUCUGUGUUCAGAUAUCAGCAAACACUGCUCUGCAAAUCACUGAAAGCCUCAUCGGGGUGAUUGUGUGUGCUGUUCUCAUCACUCUGGGUCUGGUGUUUCUACUGCUCUGGAGGGGGUGUGCGCCUCCUGAACGUCCCCUGCCCAGAUCUUUGGCUUUACUUCAAGACCUGGAACUUCAGAAAGAGACUUUGAACGACUUCUGUUUGACUGAACCACCGAACGAGAUCUCAGACGAUGACCAUGUUUCUGUUGUGUCCUUCCUUGACUUCACACUCACAGAAAACCAAUCCUCAUACCAGAACACCCAGAGCCUGGGAAACGGCUAUUACUCCAGUCCUGUCCUGCAAAAUCCAGACCCCGCCGAUGAAUAUGUGGAGUCUGGAGAGUCUGGCAUUGAAGAGCAAAUCCAUGAGCUCCAUUUGUUUCAAUCACAAUCAUCUCUAGAAGGAUCUCCAUAUCAGAGUGAGAAGACUCUGAACAUCCCUCUGAGCUCAGUAUGGGUGAAAAACGCUCAACGGGAUGAGACUGCAACAGAAGAGCAGUGUGGAGAGCUCAUGUGGAGAUGUGGAGAUCUUUAAAUCUCAAUGAGAGACACACUGAAAAGCAUUUUUGGUGCUGUUAGUUCAAGUGUACUGUCAUCUUAAGCUUCUAUCCUUCACUCACUGAUCAUUUUUAUCUUUUUAUUUGUUGUUAUAUCUUCAUCUGCGUUGUAGCAUUACUUGUUGAUGUAAGGAAUUCAUGUUAUUAAGCAUAGAUAUAUUUACAACACAGAUGCCACUUUCGUCUGCUCCAGUCAUUUUUUUAGGGGGUUUUAACCUUUAAUGGAUAGAAUGGUGCUGAGAAUUGACAGGAAAUAGUUGGGAGCAGAGAGAGGGGAAGGGUUGGCAAAGGACCUCGAGCCGGGAAUCAAACUCGGGUCACCGUGAGCACCAUGGUGCUAUAUGUCAGCGCACUAAACCACUA